UGAGUUUAACAAAAUCAAAGUGUUAUCGCGAUUUUGUUGAAAUUCAAAGUGUAUUUUCUUCGGUAAAUAAAAAUUUAGAAAGUUGGGCAACAUGCACUAGACUAAGCCAAAAAAACAUACACUCUCCAUUAAGCAGCUUGAUAAGCACCAGAAUAUGAGGCAGAGACACAAGUUUAGUGCCUUCAUGCCACACCCUACUGCACAAUGCUGGCAGCCAAAACAAGCCAUCAAAACUAUAACCUCCAACCUGCACGGAAAAAAUACAGAAAGGGAAGAAGAAUACAGACACUCACUACACCCCAAUUCAGUCCCUGGACAGAUUCAAAACGACAAAGAAAGUCCCUGACACUUGGCCUGAUACUCAAUUUCAUUGGAGUCCUCUAAACCAAUUGAGACUGUCAAUUGUAUUUCUGCAAAAAUUACUGCUGUAAAUUCAAAUAUGCAACAAGUAUAUCCUAUAUACUCCUUCCGAUCUCAAAUAUAAGCAAAGAUUUUCCUUCUAGGCUCAUUGAAUGAUUUAUGUAUUUGGUCUAUAUUUUAGACCAAAUAUAGAUCAUUCAAUGAAUUUUAAAAAAUAAUUUUUACUUAUAUUUGAGACUAACGGGAGUAUGUAUGAAUAAAGUGGCAUUUCUAUACCAUAUAAAAUAAGGACAAUUAAUCAUAUAAAAAAAAGAAGGCAGUGAAAUUUAUUUUGGACCCUGGUGUAUUUUUUUUACCAAUGGGAAAUGCUUUACUUUUGCACCAAUUUGUAAAAACCAAUUAUAAGUACACGAAAGAGAUUGGGCUAUAGGACCAACUUGUUGCUUGUCAUUGUUUAAGAUUUUCAUCUGUUUAUUAAAAUUCAAAAAAUUAGGUAAGGGUAUUUUUCUAUUGCAUCCAAAUUCCAAUACGUCCAAAUAUAUAAGGAUCUAAUGAUCACCCAAAAUGUGUCCCAAAAUCUUGUCAUUAAAAUUUAUAGUUGAAUGAUUUGUAUUAUUGGUAUACAAUAUACAUGUAUGGACACUGCAUUUCUUGAUUGGGAUUAUGCAGACAUAUUGGUAUUAAGUAUCAAUUUAGAAUAUAUGUGGUCCAUACUUUUGCUUAAGACAAGGUUUCAUACCUGCCUGAAUGGCUGAAUCUCCAUGCUGGCGCCAAGGAAUAAAAUAAAAGAAUAAAGAGAGUGCCAAAUCCCCAAAAUAUCACCAUAAAGGAAAAAGGAGAAAAAAAUAAAGAACAAAAAUAGAAGUCUCAUUAUAUAUUUGCAAAAAAUAGAGGAAUCAAUUAAAGGAUAUAUAGUAUAUUAAAGGAAAAGAAAAUGGGUUGAUUUUUAAAUAGUGGUUUGAGGGGAAAUGGUGGGAAAUUUAGAUGGCUUUCUUGGAUCCUGUGAGAGACAUUAAAUUUAAAUGUCACUGUUAUACACACAUUUUAAUCAAUUUGUAGCCAAAGAUAAAGGAAAAACAAGGGAAUGAUGAAAAGUAGUGUAAAAAAAGAAAAGGUAAAAAGAAUUUCAAGACAAUUAAAAGUAUGAAAUGAAUAGAGAUAUAUCAGACAAAAGUAUAAUACUGAUGUAAGAAAAAAGUAAGAGAAUGUGUAGGUGGAUGGAGCCAUCCAUGAGUAUAGAAGGUGAAAAAAACUAGAGUUUUUCUCAUUCUCUCUCAAACUCCCUCUCUCUCUCAUUCAUGUUCACCAACAAAAAAACCCACCUAAGCAAAUUAUCAUGAUGAAACUCUCUCUGCACAUAGCACUCCAAAAAAGUGAUUACCUUCCUCAUCAAAACCUUCUUACCCUUAAAUUUACCUCAUUGAACACCACCUUCUUCUCAUUCACAAUUCCCACCAUUCCAAAACAAUGAAACCUUUACUUUUCUUUCUCAUCACAUUCUCCUUCCUUUGCCAAGCACAAUUGCCACUAGUUUCCUCUGUCACAACUACUCUACCCUUUCAACUCAUCACUCUCCUCUCAAUAAAAUCCUCCAUCAUUGACCCUCUCAAUCAUCUCAAUGACUGGAAAAUCAACUCUUCUAAUUUUCCCCCUACUUUCUCAAACUCUAAUUACCACCAAGACCCAAUUUGGUGUUCUUGGAGAGGCAUCACUUGUCACCCAAAAACAACACAAAUCACUUCCCUAAACCUCUCUAACCUCAACCUUUCAGGCACAAUUCCACCUCAAAUCCGCUACUUAACCACCUUAAUCCACUUGAACAUAAGUGGAAAUGACUUCAAUGGAACUUUCCAAACAGGAAUUUUCCAACUCAUUGGACUUAGAACACUAGACAUCAGCCAUAACUCCUUCAGCUCAACUUUCCCACCUGGAAUUGCAAAGCUAAGAUUCUUAAGAAUCUUCAAUGCUUACAGCAACAACUUCACAGGUCCUCUUCCUGAAGAACUAAUCAAACUUCCAUUUCUAGAGCAGCUCAACCUUGGUGGAAGCUACUUUAGUGGGAGCAUCCCACCAAGUUAUGGCACUUUUAAAAGACUCAAAUUCCUACAAUUAUCUGGUAAUGCAUUGGAAGGUUCACUACCUCCUCAAUUAGGCCUAUUAUCAGAGCUACAACACUUGGAAAUUGGAUACAACACAUUUUCCGGGACAAUACCGGUUGAAUUAACAUUGUUGUCUAAUCUCACUUACUUAGACAUCUCAUCAGCCAACAUUUCAGGUCAACUGAUUCCUGAAUUAGGAAACUUAACCAUACUUGAAACAUUGCUUCUUUUCAAGAAUCCCUUAAGUGGCAAAAUCCCAUCAAGCAUAGGAAAUUUGAAAUCCCUAAAAGCUAUUGAUUUAUCAGAAAAUGAACUCACAGGCUCAAUUCCACCCGAAAUAACAAUGCUGAAGAAACUGGAAGAUUUGAGGCUCAUGGAUAACAAGUUGAAUGGUGAAAUUCCACAAGGAAUUGGUGAGCUUCCAAAACUCAACAUUUUCCAGAUUUUCAACAACUCACUCACUGGCACACUACCACCAAAACUCGGCUCCAACGGGUUACUCCAACGACUCGAUGUUUCCACAAACUCACUUCAAGGUCCAAUCCCUGUGAACAUUUGUAAAGGAAACAAUCUUGUUAAGUUCAAUCUUUUCAACAACAAAUUCACCAAUAAUCUUCCAUUAUCUCUAACCAACUGCACCUCACUAACCAGAGUUCGUAUCCAAAACAACAAUCUCAAUGGGUCAAUUCCACAAACACUUACCAUGCUUCCUAAUUUAACCUACCUUGACCUAAGCAACAACAAUUUCAACGGUGAAAUUCCUCAAGAAUUUGGAAACCUUCAAUAUUUAAACAUUUCCGGAAACUCUUUCGAAAGCGAAUUACCAAGCAACAUUUGGAAUUCAAGUAAUCUACAGAUUUUCUCAGCUUCAUUUUCGAAAAUCACCGGUCAAAUUCCCAAUUUCAUUGGUUGCAAAAAGAUUUACACAAUCGAACUGCAAGGGAAUUUCAUCAACGGUAACAUUCCUUGGAAUAUCCGUGAUUGCGAAUUACUGAUUCUGUUAAAUCUAAGUAGAAACAAUCUCACCGGAAUCAUACCUUGGGAAAUUGCAAUUCUACCUUCAAUCACCGACGUUGAUCUCUCACAAAACUCACUCACCGGAAUCAUUCCUUCAAGGUUCAACAACUGUUCCACUCUCACGAAUUUCAACGUCAGUUUCAAUUUCUUAACCGGUCCAAUUCCUUCCUCCGGCGUCUUCGAGAGCCUUCAUCCUUCUUCCUACUCCGGCAACGAAAACCUCUGCGGUCAUCUUUUAGCCAAACCCUGCGCCGCCGCCACCGGAGAAAACGAACUCGAAGCUCACCGUCAACAGCCAAAGAAAACCGCCGGCGCAAUCGUUUGGAUAAUCGCGGCGGCGUUCGGAAUCGGUCUUUUCGUUCUCGUCGCCGGUACACGUUGCUUUCAUGCAAACUAUAACCGGCGAUUUAACGGUAACGAAACUAACUGUGAAAUCGGACCGUGGAAGUUAACGGCGUUUCAACGGUUAAACUUCACGGCGGAUGAUGUUCUCGAGUGUGUGUCAAGAUCGGAUAAGAUAUUAGGAAUGGGGUCCGCUGGAACAGUUUAUAAAGCAGAAAUGCCAGGUGGCGAAAUCAUAGCCGUUAAAAAACUCUGGUGUAAACAAAAGGAAAGUAAUAUAAUCCGACGGAGGAGAGGAGUGUUAGCAGAAGUUGACGUAUUGGGAAAUGUGAGACACAGGAACAUAGUGAGAUUGUUAGGAUGUUGCAGUAACAGGGAAUGUACGAUGUUGUUAUAUGAGUAUAUGGUCAAUGGUAACCUUGAUGAUUUGUUGCAUGCAAAGAAUAAAGGGGGUAAUAUGGUAAUUUGUGAUUGGUAUACUAGGUAUAAGAUAGCAUUGGGUGUGGCACAUGGAAUUUGUUAUCUUCAUCAUGAUUGUGAUCCUGUGGUUGUCCAUAGAGAUCUUAAACCUAGUAAUAUUUUAUUGGACGGUGAGAUGGAAGCUAGAGUUGCUGAUUUUGGUGUUGCUAAGUUGAUUCAAACUGAUGAAUCUAUGUCUGUUAUUGCUGGAUCUUAUGGUUACAUUGCUCCAGAAUAUGCUUAUACACUCCAAGUUGAUGAAAAGAGUGACAUUUACAGCUAUGGAGUGGUGUUAAUGGAAAUUUUAAGUGGAAAACGAUCAGUGGAUCAAGAAUUUGGUGAUGGAAACAGUAUUGUGGAUUGGGUUAGGUCCAAAAUAAAGACCAAAGAUGGAAUUGAAGGUAUAUUGGACAAGAAUGCAGCGGCAGGGUGUAGCACAGUAAGAGAAGAAAUGAUACAAAUACUUAGAAUUGCAUUGCUAUGUACAAGUCGAAAUCCAGCUGAUAGACCUUCAAUGAGAGAUGUUGUGUUGAUGCUUCAAGAGGCUAAACCUAAGAGAAAAUUGUUUGAUAGUGUUGUUUUAGGUCGAUGUGCUAAUGACAAUGUUGAUGUUGGUGAAGAUGGUGGUGGUGAUAUUCCUUUGGCUCAAAAACCAAUUAUCAAUUAAAGCUAGUUUAAUAAUAUGUUUAUAAGAUUUAAAUGGGUUUUUUUUUUCAUUUUUUUUUAAUAUUUUUUUUCUUAUUGUGGGGGAUUGGUAUAGGAGAGAAAGUGAUUUUCUAUUUCUACUUUCAACAGAAUUUCAUGUGUUAUUUUUCCUAGUUUGUUAA